ACUGCUGCAAGAAGUUCAUUCGAAUUAGAUUUAUUUUCUAAUUAAAUUAUGGAUCACUUUAAUUUCUGUGAAUAAAGGUGGGGAUGAUCAAAGAAGUCUGCAGUCACUCCAAAAUCUCCGGAUUCAGGCAUCGGCUUUGCAUCCGGACUCACAGACACCUAUAAGCAAACCUUUCAGCAGUGAUGUCUAAGACAGCGAGAUCUUCCAGAACACACUCACGAUCACGAUCCAGGUCGAGGUCACGCACAGAGACCCGCUCCCGCUCCAGGUCUCGAAGUAGCUCACGGUCCCGAUCAAGAAAGCACCGAUACGGCUCUAGAUCUCGCUCUCGGUCCAGAUCCCAUUCUCCUUUUCAUAACCGGGGACGACAACAUCAGCGGGAAUAUCAGAACAAUCGUGAGUUCCGGGGCUACCACAGAGGCUUUCGGAGGCCUUACUUCUUUCGGGGUAGAGGACGAGGCUUCUUCCGCGGCCGUUUUCAGCGUGGAGGAGGGGGAGGAUACAAUAACUACAGAUCAAACAACUGGCAAAACUUUCGCCAGCAUUCCUACCAAAGGCAGAAACAGCAGCAACAGCAUGAGCAGCAACAGCAUCAUGGCCACAGCCCAAAAAGAGGGCGUUCACGCACCCCCAAAAAACGUUCAAGCAGCCCUCUGUCACUUAAUCAAUCACAUCACUCGGACAGAUCUUCAUCCCUGCAUUCACAACACUCCUCUUCUUCCAACUCCUCCAGACUAAGAUCAGGUUCUUGUAAGCAGAAUUGUAAGGCUGUAAGUGAAGCUCUCUCUGCACCCAUCGAAAGUCAGACAGGUGGAGACAUAACAGUAUCUGAGCAGGGAGGAUGCCCUCCAGAUUUGGAAAGAAGUACAAGUAAAGACAAGGACACUGAAGCAUGGCAUUUCACUAUGAACCAUGAGAGCCCAAACAAUGCCAGUCCACAAGUUGAGAAGGCUUUUCCAGCCACCAGUGAAAACAGUCCUGUGGAUGAAAAAUUAGGAACUACCAGCAAUGGUAUGACCUCCUGGCAGACUGCUUCCAUGAUCUCUACCAACAGCACAGUAAAGAAAAGCCCCACACCAGCUUUUUCAGGGUUUGGGCUUUUUACAAAUGACAACCAGAAGGAGGAUCCAGUAGCCAUUUCCAUGGCAUUUAAGAAAUUUUUAGAGGAACAGAAGAAUAAGAAGCAGGCUGUUGCCGAUAAAGUUUUGGAGAAGCCGACAGACAAUGGGAAUGUCUUGCUUGAAAAAAUCCAUAGCAAGUCUGAGGGCAUUCCUAAUGAGUCCACUGUUCCAGGGCUAUCUAGGCCUGCAGGUGAUAUAAAUAAAAAGGAGACUGAAAAGACCAAAUUUGUGGGGAGUUUCAAAUAUGACAAAGCAUCAAGUAGAUCCCUAAAUAGGCCACCAUUCGUAUGUGAAGAUACGGAGGAAGAAAUGGUGCCUCAUUUACAGAUGGGAGUUGAUGCUUCCAAGCACCUAAGCAAAGUGCCUCUGUCUGCUCGUAAAUUGUUUGAGGAGCACAUCAGAAAGUUGGAGGACAGAGCAUGGGAUGAUGAGCUUGAGGCCUUUCUGAUAAGCCGGGAGAAGGAGAGGGCUGCACGUAUUCUGGCUGCUCUGUCUCAGAGGGAGAAGUUGGCAUGUAAAUUUGGGGACCUCUCCCCAGAAAGGCCCUCAAAGAUAAAACGAAUAGAACAACCAUCACCAAGUGCUUCCACAUAUGCAGCUUUUUAUAGAAGGAAAUCUGAAUGCCAAGAGCCAGAGUUUGUUAUGAAUUUGAGGGAUACAUCCCCACCCAGGCCUAUUGGGAAGAGAGAGACUGAGUUUAAUCUGAGGGUGAAUUCCCUUAGUGACGACUUGGCAAGAUCUUCUGUUUUGUCUGAUGACUGGAGGAAAGCUAUUGAUCUUGUGCAUUCUGAUAAAAAGGAUCAGGACUUUCAUUUAGUCUUCCAACAACUUCGGUGUAAAAAUUUGAACAGGAGCCCAUCAGAGCUGUUUGCUCAGCACAUAGUUUCAAUAGUCCAUGAUGUCACAGCUGAACAUUUCCCUUCAUCUGGAAUUACUCUAAAUGAUCGGUUUGCCAUGUACCAAAGACUAGCUGCUGAGAAAGAAAUCAGGAAGCCAAGAAAGAGUCCAGAGAUACACAGGAGAAUAGAUGUUUCUCCCAGUGAUUUUAAGAGGCACUCAUUCCUCUUUGAGGACUUGAAAAGCUUCAUGGACGGCAGCUCCAAGGGUCAAGGUAGAAAAUUUCAUGGUGAUACAGCAGAGCUUCAGAUGGACAUUGAGCAGCAUAAAAAAUACUUAAGCAGAGAGACAAAUGACAAACAGGAAAGACGAGGAAUCAGCGAGGAAUUAAGGGAAACCAGUCAGGAGAGAGCCAGUGAGAAAUCCACAAAGUAUUACAAAAAAUACAAGAAAAGCAAGAAAAAACAGAAGCAUUCUCAGUCCUCCUCCUCCUCUUCCUCUGCUCAUGAGGAGGAAGAUGAGUCCACAGGGAAGAGCUUCAGUAAAGUUCUCAGAGAGUGUGUUGGACCAGCAGAGCAGGGACUAGCACGUGGAGGAUUUCAGUUCAAAAUACGGGGAAGAGGCUGGAACAGAGUUAAUUUUCUCGAAAACAACAAAAAUACCAAUAGCAGUGAAAAUGAACAGGGGCUUUCCAAAAUCGAUGAGUGGGAUCAGGAACACAUGGCCGAAAGCAAGAAAUAUUGCCUGCUCAAUAAAAAUGAUGAGACUCAAGAACAUGGUCAAACUGGCAUCCCUCGUGUCAAAGGUCGUUUUAUCCUGCGGAGACCCACCAGUUCAAGCACCACUAAUAACUCAAGUUCUAACUGGAGCCAUGACACGUUCCAGGCCAGCAGUAAAGAUAGUAGACCUGGGAAUGGGGACCAGAAAGAGCAAAACAGCACAUAAGCUAGUAAACGUAAUGAUAAACUGCCUGCUUUCCUUUCAAAACCUUACCCUGGGUGGACAGGACUCUCAGACUCACAUACUUGGUGGACAAGAUCAGAGAAUGGAAUUAUCAUACACCAAAGUUGGAAGUUACAUCCAAAUCUGUGAUGUUUUGCAGGUGUGUAGCAGGUGUGUAGCAGGUUCACUUACUAUUUAGUGUGAUAAAUAUAGAAUAAACAGACAAUAUAGAAUAAACAUAAAAGAAGAGUAAGUUCCUUGCACCAGCAACAAGUAACCCUGUUUCAGCAAUUGUCCCUCCCCCUACACACACAACCAACCAAUCGUGUGCUGAAACUUAUACACCGAUCAGCCAUAACAUUAAAACCACCUCCUUGUUUCUACACUCACUGUCCAUUUUAUCAGCUCCACUUACCAUAUAGGAGCAAUUUUUAGUUCUACAAGUACUGACUGUAGUCCAUCUGUUUCUCUGCAUGCUUUGUUAGCCCCCUUUCACCCUGUUCUUCAAUGGUCAGGACCCCCACAGGACCACCACAGAGCAGGUAUUAUUUGGGUUGUGGGUCAUUCUCAGCACUGCAGUGACAAUGACAUGGUGGUGGUGUGUUAGUGUGUGUUGUGCUGGUAUGAGUGGAUAAGACACAGCAGCGCUGAUAAAGUUUUUAAACACCUCACUGUCACUGCUGGACUGAGAAUAGUCCACCAACCAAAAAUAUACCCAGCCAACAGCGCCCCGUGGGCAGCCUAUCCCAGCUUUUCAAUGGGCGCAAGGCACACAGUAACACCCUGGACGGGGCGCCAGUCCAUCGCAGGGCAGACACACACACACACACCCAUAAGGCAAUUCAGUGUCUCCAAUUAACCUGACUGCAUGUUUUUUGGACUGUGGGAGGAAACCGGAGCUCCCGGAGGAAACCCACGCAGACACAGGGAGAACAUGCAAACUCUGCACAGAAAGGACCUGGACCGCCCCACCUCGGGAUCAAAUCCAGGACCUUCUUGCUGUGAGGCGACAGUGCUACCCACCGAGCCACCGUGCCGCCAUGUUUAAAACAGUUUUAUGCAAAUUAUUACUGCAAUAAAAAGUGUUACAGUGUAUUUUGCAUUAAAUUGUCUGCAAUGAUGCAACA